CCUAUCCCCAGGAAACACGGACUCCUCCCGCUGUGUUUAUCAUUAUCACAUUCUCCCAUUUGCACCCAGUGGAUUUUUAGCUCUUUUCUUUUUCUAAUUAAUUAAAAUUAGUAAAGAAGUACUCCGUAUUCCGUAUUUAUAUAUUCAUUUAUCUGAUGAUCAGACAUUGCUUCUUAUUUACCGCGCAUAUCCGCAGAUAUCUUGGAGUUCUAAUCUUCAUCAUCAUCAUCUUCCAUGAAUGAUUCUAAGCGACAUUCAACAGAUCCCAUUUACUCUUCCUGAUAACAACUCAAGACAACGACGUAACAACUGACCUCAAACGAGCUUCUCCUUCUUCCAUCCCAUCCAUAUUCGUCUUCCUCCACACAGCAGAUCUGGAUUCCGAAUCCUGACCCCGGAACACCGCUCAAAUCUGUUCUCUUCUUCAUCUUUUCGGAGUUUCUUUCCAGAAACUGGUGUGGAAAAGUGAGGAAUUCCCGAGUUGCCAGAUCCAGUUAAUUUGGAUUAGUGUUCAGAGCAGCUCGCUAGGUUAUAUUGUAGCGCGGUUCCAGCUGCUAGCGGUAAGUUGUGAUUUGCUGCGACUGGUAGAGUCAGAUGGAGGUAUGGGUCUGAGAUGGUAGAAAGUGAGUUGCCGUUACAGAAGCUUGGGGUUGGUUUUAGUGGAGAUCCGGUGUUGGUUUUUAGGAGAGAUCCUUCUUUCUCCGGUUGGUUUGAUGAGAAAGGAACACAUCAUUCACCUGAAUUAAGAGAUGUGAGCGACAGUUCUGAGGAUUUGGAUUUUGAAUUGCCUCUUGUUAAUCAACACGACAGUGAGGUAGCAGAUGGAUCUUUAGAGGGAGACGGACGUCAGUUUGGUGGUAACACUUUGGAAAGAAUGACAGGCAGUGUUGACCUAGGCGAUGUGUCUGCAAGACAUGGAAAAGAGAGCUACGUGCCAUUUGAUGUAGAGGAUGGUUCGCCAAAUGGCCAGAAGUAUUCUGAUCCUAGUGGGGAUGAGAGAUACUUAAACUAUGACGACACAUCAAAGCAGGUUUCCAGAAGUCCUGUUUCUGUUUCUGAUGUGCUGAAGACAUUGUUUUUUAUACUUGUUUGGUAUACUUUCAGUACAUUUUUGACAUUGUAUAACAAAACUCUUCUAGGGGAUCAUUUAGGAAAGUUCCCUGCUCCCCUUCUCAUGAACAGUGUCCAUUUUGCAAUGCAAGCUAUUUUGGCAAAUGUGAUAACUUGGAUUUGGUCUGAAAGAUUUAAGCCUACUGUACUGAUGUCGUGGAGAGAUUAUUGUUUGAGAGUAGUACCAACAGCUCUUGGCACUGCAUUGGAUGUUAACUUGAGCAAUGAAUCCCUUGUUUUCAUCACUGUUACAUUUGCAACUAUGUGUAAAUCAGCAGCACCAAUAUUCCUGCUAAUUUUUGCAUUUGCUUUCAGGCUGGAGUCUCCUAGCCUCAAGCUGUUUGGCAUCAUCUUAAUCAUCUCAAUUGGAAUAUUGUUGACAGUUGCAAAGGAAACAGAAUUUCAGUUUUGGGGUUUCAUCUUAGUCAUGUUUGCUGCUCUUAUGUCGGGAUUUCGCUGGACAAUGACUCAGAUACUUCUGCAGAAAGAAACCUAUGGUUUGAAAAAUCCGCUUAUCUUAAUGAGCUACGUUGCUCCAGUGAUGACGAUUUCAACUGCACUGCUCUCUCUAUGCUUGGAUCCGUGGCGUGAAUUCAGUAAGAGCAAUCACUUCAAUAGCUCGUGGCAUAUAGCCAGAAGUUGUUUACUGAUGCUUUUUGGUGGAUCACUGGCUUUCUUUAUGGUGUUGACAGAAUUUAUUCUUGUCUCUGUUACUAGUGCGGUGACAGUGACAAUAGCAGGAGUUGUCAAGGAGGCUGUUACCAUUUUGGUCGCUGUAUUUUACUUUCAUGAUGAAUUUACCUGGAUGAAAGGAAUUGGCCUUGUUACAAUCAUGUUUGGUGUCAGCUUGUUUAAUUGGUACAAGUACGUGAAAUUACAAAAAGGGCAGUCAAGUGAAAAUGAAAUAGAUGGCUCCGUAAUUAAUGAUGCCCCCACAAACUAUGUCAUCCUUGAUGAAAUGGAAGACCAAGAAGAUGACACUUGAAUUCUUUCGUGCACAUGUUAUUUUUCAUUUCUGGACUCAAAUAGAUGCGGUUUCUGGGACAAUCCUUUCUUGGAUGCUAAAUUGUCAUUUAGCUUCUGAAGGCCAUGCCUACCAACUGCAUGUACAUUUGGCAUAGUUCUUGUGCUCCGCCUUCCAGUCGAGGAACAUUUUUUGUCAGUAAGAUGCUUGAAUGCCCAAGCCGAUACCACAAAUAGUAACUUUUUUUUUAAAGAGUUGUGGUGACAAUGUGAUAUAUAGACUAAAUGUUUCAAGUGGGAUGUAUAUCUGUACACUGAGUCAAAAGAAAGUCUCUUCCCCCCUCCACCCUCUUAUUGGAAGAAAGCUUUGUCUUUAAUUCCCUGUCACGAGUCAAUAAUGGGGAGUAACAUCAAUAGCAAACAAAAAAAAUAACAUGGAAAAUUCCAGUUGAAUAGCUUUAUUAGCGGUCAUUUUUGCGUUUGAAUAUCAAUGAUGCCUAUUAGCAGUUGUAUAGUU